UCUCAAAACUCCGACACCAACCUCCUGCCGUCCUUUCUCGCUCUAAAACUUACUUUCUCUCACUACAACUCUUCACUUCCUUGUUUGUUCGCCCAAUUUCUUUCUCAAAAUUGUUUGAAUUUCCCUUUUUUACAUACGCACAUAUUGUUUAUUUACAACGUCAAUGGAGGCUGCCGACUUCUUCAUGGGAGGAUAUUUCGGUGGCUCGGGGGAUUUUUCGCCGGAGAAGAUCACGGAGCACAAAACGGCUGAGAAUUUCAUGGUCGACGACCUCUUCAACUUCUCUAACGACGACGCCAUAAUGAGCGACGGCUUCCCUGACAAUGUCGCGGGAAAUUCCACCCACUCCUCAACUGUCAUCCGCAACUCUGGAAGCGAUAAGAAUUUCUACUCCGGGAAUUUAGUUCAAAAUUCUCAGUUCGCCGGUGAACUUUGCGUGCCGUAUGAUGAUUUGGAGCAGCUCGAAUGGCUGUCGAAUUUCGUCGAAGACUCGUUCUCGACGGACCAAAAUUUACAGAGCAAGCUCCACAUUUAUUCAGGAUCAAAAUCACCCACACCGGAAUCCUCUUCCUCCCCAAACCAGGCCGACUCUGCCUCCGCUAGCCCAACCAAUCCUACUUUCCAACGGGAGACUCCUCUGCCAGGCAAGGCCCGGUCCAAACGCUCACGCGCCGUCCCGUGCGAUUGGAGUAUGCGCCUACUCCACGUCACCCCCAAGGCGGAAACGCAGCCCAAGAAGCGAGACAACCAGGCAGAGACAACGGGUCGGAAAUGUCUGCAUUGCGCGGCGGAGAAGACCCCGCAAUGGCGUACUGGUCCCAUGGGUCCAAAAACGCUGUGCAAUGCUUGCGGGGUUAGGUACAAGUCAGGUCGGUUGGUCCCCGAAUACCGACCCGCUGCGAGCCCCACUUUCGUGUCGGCGAAGCAUUCGAAUUCUCACCGGAAAGUACUGGAACUUAGGAGGCAGAAAGAAUUGCAGAGGGCGCAGCAGCAACAAUUUCAUAGUCAAACUUCGAUCUUCGGCGUAUCCAGCGGGGGAGAUGAUUUCUUGAUUCAUCAGCAUGUUGGGACCAAUUUCAUGCACAUGGUUUAGGGGAAUAUUACAAAAACUUUAACCUUGAAUUGUAAUAGCUUUGUUAAUUUUGGUCCUAAAAAUUUGAAAUUGUAGAAUUAAGGCUAUAACCUCCCCUAAAGUAGAGUAGCCAAGUAGGGAGAAGACUGUUCUAUGGCAUCGUAUUCUUAAUUAAUUUUUGUCCAAAUGGUCUAAUUUAGAGAAGCAAUUUCAUUUCAUAAAUUUUUCUCUCCAUUUUUUGAAAUAAGGAGAAUAUUUAGAA